AUGUUCACUUCUAAAUUCAGCUCUCGUAACUUCUUCUCUAUUCUCUCCUCAAUCGUAGGCUUCGAAGGCCACUCUGCCAAACCGACUGUCACCGUUGUCGAUGAUGAACCUCCUGCCAAAACCCCGGUUCCUGUGCGGCCACAGCCUCUGGAGGACAUGGUGACCGAGACUGCAGUUAGCUUGCUGGGCCCUACUGCCCUCGUCCAGGCUCGCAAGUCGCCCUCCCUCGAACGCGGCCUUCCUGUCUAUGAUUCCCUCACACGCAUGCUCCCGUUCCCGCCCCACUUCGAGUUUUGGUGGAAAAAGCUCGGAGGCCCUUUCGCGUCUAUGCUCGAAACUUCUCGUUAUUCCCCUAUUGCGCAAGCUAAAUUCUUGUGCUUCUUCUAUGGCACUGUCAUCGAACUUAUGCCCCCACAUGACACUUCCUGUUCGGAUUCUGUCAUGACUAUCGACGGCAGCCCUGUGGAACUGAGCUGGGUGCUUCCUUCGUCUGAGGAAGUCGCUGGCGGCGGUCGCGCGCCUGGAAAGGCUAAACCCCGACAAGUCCGUUUUGCGAUUGAACCAAUGCACCCGGCAUCAGGUCGUCGUCUCAAGGGCUCGGUCGUUUUGGACUAUCUGACAUCACCUCGAGGCAGCCUUGGUCUCGUCGUUGCUGGUAAAGACAGCAUGACCUGGCGCACCAAGACUGAGGAAUUCAUGUUCCCCAACUCCGAAGGUGAUGAGAUUCCAGACGGCAGCCGCUUCUUCGUUGGGUUCGACUUUUUGCCCAACGGAACGAUCGCGCUGAAGGCUUACUAUCUUCCCGCACCUCCGUCCCCCGAUCCUGCUCAGCUUGCACUACAAGGUCCGAUGAAACUCUGGGAUGUCGAUUACGCACCCCUCAGGCGCCUCGUCUUUGAUCUCGAGCCUGCACUUAUGGAACCUUUGGAACUUCUGCUCUCCUAUUUCGAGUCUCUGGAAGAUCGCCACAAGCCUCGCAUCCAGAUCGUCUCCAUGGAUUGCGUGAAGAGCAGUGAGAAUCGUCUCAAGAUUUACUGUCGCCCGAAGGAAGGAAGUUCUUGGUCGGAUGCCGUGAGGUCAUUCACUCUUGGAGGACGCUUGAAAACACCGCAGAUGGAGGAAACUGUCAAAGAUAUGGAACGUCUCUGGAACACCCUCUUCCCUCACGCCAACUCUUCAAUCGACUGCGACCUUCGUGUGGCCGACCUUCUCGACGACGAGGUCAGCGGAGAGGCUAGUAACGGAAUUCGCCUCGACAAAAAGCAGCACCCAGUCGGUGGGUUGCUGUACUACUAUUCACUCUUCGCCGGUAAGGAAUCGGUCUAUCCCAAGCUUUACCUCCCGGUAACGCACUACUGUCCCGACGAUCAAUUCAUCGCUCGCGCCAUCGAGGAGUACUAUAACAACUCCAAACGCCGCUCCAACGCUACUUCUGGUGUUGGCUCCGAGGACUGGGUGGCCAAGGAGGUUGCGAAUACAUUUAAUCAUCGCCCCCUCAACGAGUCCACGGGUAUCCACACCUAUGUCACCUUCGCCCUCAAGAAGAACGGCUCCGAGCUCACCAACUACUUCUCCCCCGAACCUUUCGUCUACUAG